GACAUUGUGUGUCCUCCUAACCCUUAAACGCGUUUUAAACCCAUUUGAGUCCAAAGCGGAUAAUAUUUACACAGUUGGGAGCGAAUUGUUACAGGAAGGGCAUUCUAACCACGGAUGGUGCAAUUUGGUCGCACCAGAGAAAGACCAUAGCCCCUCAGCUCUACAUGGAUGAAGUUAAGGCUCGGGUGGAGAUUAUGUUGGAAUCUGCAAACAAACUGGUGAGGUCAUGGGAGAGUCUGAUUGAAAAUGGGGGUGGGAGUGCAGAUAUAGAAGUGAAAGAGUACGUAAGAGGCUACACCUCCAGUGUAAUUUCAAGCGCUAUUUUUGGAAGCAACAACUCCAAAGGGAUUGAGUUAUUUCCUAAGUUUAGGGCUGUCAUGAAGGUCAUGCAUAGCUCAACAUUACUCGAGGGGCUUUCCAUCCACAGAUAUCUACCAACCAAGGAUAAUCGGUAUGCGUGGGGAUUAGAUAAAGAGAUUACCUCCUUCAUCUUAGACAUGACAAAGGAACAUUCUGAAGCUGUAUCUAAAGAACAGCCACAGGUCAUCAUGGAGAGCACCAAGACUGGUGAACUCGGGCCAUUGACCCCGGAGCAAUACAUAGUUGAUAACUGCAGAAACGUAUACCUGCCAGGCUUUGAAGUGACCGCUGUGGCCUCAAUGUGGGGUUUGAUGCUGUUAGCUUCACAUCCUGAAUGGCAGGACCGAAUUCGAGCUGAGGUUGCACAAGCAUGCGCAGGCCGUCCCCUAGAGGCCAACAUGCCUGGCAAGAUGAAAGUGUUGAAAAUGGUGAUUCAGGAGGUACUGCGGCUUUACUCAGGAGUGGCCAUUUUGACGAGGCAUACAUUGAAAGAUGUUCAGCUUGGUGAUGUUUCGGUUCCAGAGGGUGUCGGUAUUUGGGUUUGGUUACCAGCAUUGCACCAAGAUUCUGAGUUCUGGGGACCUGAUGGAGCCAAGUUCAACCCUGAGAGAGGUUUGCUAAUCGUAUUUCUGGGGCCUGCAACCCUUCCAGUGCCUACGUCCCGUUUGGUACUGGAAACAGAGCUUGUCCUGGCCAGGGCCUAGCCAUUGCAGAAAUAAAGGUCUUGAAUCCUGGCACGAGCUUUGGCAUGAAUCAUGACACUAGUUAUGACACACGUCACAGGCUAUGGCAUGGGACAUAAUAGGGGUC